UGUUGUUCGUUAGGUCGGUUGGUCGUUGCUUGCUGUCGAUGUUGUUGUUUUGCUUGAGCUUGAAGUGUCUAUAGAGUACACAGAGAAUUUUGGUCAGUAGUGUGUUUUAUAUGGCAAACGUUUUAGACUACCGUCAGUUGUCAAACAACCCUUGUGCAAAAACGUUCGUUUAUAAUAAAUAAAAAAAAAAGAAUUAAGAAAACAAAAAAAAAAGAAAAGAAAACACUUGAGAAAAAAUUGAAAAAGCACAGAACACAUAACAUCAAAAGUUCUAAACACAUACAAAAAAGCUAAGCAAAAAAAAACUGCAAGAACAAUUAUUUUUUUUCGACAUUUCAAUUGUUUUGUAUGAAUUUGAUUUGUUUUCGUUGUGCACAACUGUCUACCUACAGAGAAAAAAACUACACUUUCAGAACAUGUGAGAAAAAUGUUUAGUUUCUAUUGAAGUUACAAAAAAAAAAAUAAAAGAAUUAUUAAGUGGCAACAAGUGCUUUAAUAACAAAAAUUUCCCAAACAAUUGUGAGAAAAAUUUAAUAUAAAAUCUGUUGUUCAAACUGAACGAACGAAUGAACUAAAGCAAAAAAGUGUCAAGUGUUGUUGUAUUUUGAUUUUUUUUUGCCUGUCUGCAAGUAGAAAAUAAUAACAGCAAAAAAAAAAAAGAAAAGAAAAGUGAAGAAAAAUCAAACUCACAUUUAUUGAUUUUAUUUCGUUAAAUUUUGUGGUUUGUUACCCUAGGCGUAUAAGUACUUUUUUUUGCUUUGCUCAGAUACUUUGGGUACUUUGUUUGUUUGUGUUUUAUACUCGUGCCACAAACUCAAUGAACAAUUUUUAUUUUGGAAAUCUUUAAUCUUAAAGUGUGUAUUGUUUGUGCUUUUUUUUUUUUGGGUGAAAUUUAAGCUUCUGUUGUUGGUUGGUUUGGUAUAUCGUCAUGUCAUUUAAUAUACCAAUCGCUGAACAAAUGCGUAUAGCAUUAAGCUACGUCAAGUUCAAAACUAAACAAAAACGUUUACGUACAGACGAAAAGGUCAUUGUCGACACUAUAUAUGGCAAAAUUAAAGGUGUUAAAUGGCGUUCCCUAUAUGGCCCCACCACAUAUUACAGCUUUGAGGGCAUACCAUUUGCCAAGCCUCCAUUGGGGCAGUUGCGUUUUAAAGCACCCGUCGAACCAGAACCUUGGACGGGCGUAAAACGUUGUACACGUGUUCGUGCCAAACCCUGCCAAUAUAAUAUUAUUAUGAAACAAGUUCAAGGACGCGAAGAUUGUCUGUAUUUAAAUGUUUACACAAAAAAGUUAAAGCCUACUAGACCAAUGCCAGUUUUGGUAUGGGUUUAUGGUGGUGGUUUUCAAAUGGGUGAAGCAUCCAGAGAUUUGUAUAGUCCAGAUUAUAUAAUGAUGGAAAAUGUGGUGCUGGUUACUAUUGCGUACAGAUUGGGACCGCUUGGUUUCCUUAGUCUUGGUGACGAGGGCUGUGAUAUACCUGGUAAUGCGGGCUUAAAAGAUCAAGUAUUGGCCUUAAAAUGGGUUAAAAACAAUUGUCAUUUCUUUGGAGGAGAUUCUGAAAAUAUAACAGUUUUUGGCGAAAGUGCUGGAGCAGCGUCCACACACUAUCUGACCUUGACCGAACAGACAAAGGGAUUAUUUCACAAAGCAGUAGCCAUGUCAGGCUGUGCCAUGGUACCAUGGGCCAUGAUACCACAUUUAGAUUGGGCAUAUCGUCUGGCCAAAGUAACCGGCUUCAAGGGAGCAAAUACAGAUACUGAAGUAUUGGAUUAUCUAAAGCAAUUGAAACCGGCUGCAAUGUUUAAAGCCUGUGAUGAUUUAUUGACCACACAUGAGAGACAACACGAUAGAUUGAACUUUAGUUUUGGACCCUGCAUAGAGCCAUAUAAGACACAGCAUUGUGUUAUUGAUAGAGAGCCUUUGGAAAUGUUAAGAAAUAACUGGGGCAAUAAUAUACCAUUACUGAUAGGUGGCAAUUCAUUUGAGGGACUACUGGCAUUUUCAGAGGUUAGAAAGUAUCCUUAUUUAUUAAAUGAAAUAGGAGAGGGAGAAAGUUUGCCGCCACAAGAUGCAAAUUUGACGCCAGAAAAACGUUUGGAAUAUGGCCGCAUGUUAAAACAAGUGUAUUUUGGUGAUCAGCAAUCAUCUUGGGAGACUAUACUGCAAUACAGUGAUCUUAUUUCGUAUAAAUGUUUUUGGCAUGGUAUACAUCGCACACUGCUGUCACGACGUCAAUAUGCUACAGCGCCCACCUACUUGUAUCGUUUCGAUUUUGAUUCGAAACAUUUCAAUUUAAUGCGCAUCAUCACGUGUGGUCGCAAAGUACGUGGUACCUGUCAUGCCGAUGAUCUAUCAUAUCUUUUCUACAAUGCGGGCGCAAAAAAACUCAAACAUCGCACCGCUGAAUAUACAACAAUACGUCGAAUGGUAGCAAUAUUAGUGAAAUUUGCUGAAUGUGGUGAUCCCAAUAUACCGCUAACGGAUGCGGUUUGCUGGCCUUCAUUAAAUGGCUGCAUCAGCAAAGGCAAUCACAAACAAAAGCAACACCACCAUCAUGAGCCUCAGUUGCACACUGGAAUGGAUACUGUUCAUAAUGAUAAACAACAGCAUGAAGAUGAUAAUGAUGAUGAUGCAAUUGCUAACGACGAUGAUGAUGAUAAUGAUGUUCCUUCUGUGCAUGAUGAUGAUGGUGUUCAUAGCAAUGGUGUUAAUGAUGAGGACGAUGAUGUUGAUGACGGCAUAGUUAGUGAUUGUGUCAAUAAUGAUGGCAAUACAAAUUUGUUGUUGCAACAGGAUGAACAACAACAGCAACAUCAUCAUCAGCAGCAGCAGCAGCAACAUCAAUAUUGGCCACCGAUUACAUGUUGUGAUGACACAACAACAUUCAAAUGUUUAAAUAUUUCGGAUGAAUUGGAAGUGAUUGAUUUGCCAGAAGCUGAAAAAUUGAAACUCUGGGAUGCAAUGUAUGAAGAUAAAUCUUUAUUAUAUUAGUUUUAGAACAACACAACUGUUAUAUAAAUAAGUUAAGAAUUACAUACACACAUUAUACAUACAUAUCUACAUAUGUAUGUAUAAAUAUCAAAGUGUAUGUGAUUUUUAUUGUAAAUUUCAUCACAUUUCGUAAUACCAAAAAAAAAGCAAAUAAAUACCAAAAUUGUCGAUAUUACUAUAGAAUUUAAUACAAAAACUUUGAUAUUAUUUAAUUUUGUUAUUAAACCUUUAAAUUGUUUACAAACUAUAAGUUUUUUUUUUGAAUUUUUUAUUGUACUGUUCUUUGAAAGAACUGUUUUUGUGUGAAUAUUUUGAAUGUAGUGUAAAAAUUCCAAGAAUUUUUUUUAGUUAGUAGUUUUAGUAAUUUUUUAUUACCUAAUAAAUAUUUUAUUUUUAAUAUAAAAA